CGGGGCCACGGGGCCAUGGCGGCGGCGGCGGGGACGCGGUGCUGCUCCCGGGGCCUGGCGGCGGCGGCGGCGGCGCUGCCCGGCGGGGGCGGCCCGGGACCGGUACCGGGGCCGGGGCCGGUGCCAGGAGCGGCCGCUCCCGCCACAGCCGCGCUCUACGUGCAUUGGCCCUACUGCCGCCAGCGCUGCUCCUACUGCCGCUUCAACACGUACGUGGUGCCGGCGGUGGACGAGGCGGCCGUGCGCGCCUGCCUGGUGCGGGAGGCGCAGGCCCUGCUCCGCCUCAGCCAGGUGCACAGGUGGGUGCCGGGGUGGGCUCCUGGGCCGUGCCGGGCCCUUCCGUGCCCACCUGAGGUUUCCCACCCUCUGCCCUACAGCGUCACCUCCGUCUUCUUCGGCGGGGGCACGCCCAGCCUGGCCAGCCCCAGCACUGUGGCGGCGGUGCUGGAGGCGGUGGCGGGCGCUGCCCACCUUCCCCCUGCUGCCGAGGUCACGCUGGAGGCCAACCCCAGCUCCACCAGCGCCUCUCGCCUUGCCGGCUUCAGGGCCGCUGGGGUCAACCGCAUCUCCAUCGGCGUCCAGGCGCUGGAUGACGCCGAGCUGAGGCUGCUGGGCCGGGAGCACACGGCGGCGGAGGCGCGGAAGGCUGUGGAAGCAGCGCGGGGGCUCUUUCCUGGCCGAACCUCCAUCGACCUCCUGUUUGGGCUGCCGGGACAGAGCCGGGAUGCCUGGGCCCAGCGGCUGGAGGCGGCCCUGGGGCUCUGUGACCACCACAUCUCGCUGUACCAGCUGACGCUGGAGCGGGGCACGGCGCUGGCAGCACGGGUCAGGAGUGGGGCGCUGCCUGCACCCCCCCAGGACCUGCUGGCUGACAUGUACCAGACUGCCCGCAGUGUGCUGGUCGCCUCUGGCUUCCGCCACUACGAGGUCUCCAAUUUUGCACGGAAGGGCGCCCUCAGCACCCACAACCUCUCCUACUGGCAGGGUGACCAGUACAUCGGUGUGGGGCCAGGGGCACACGGGCGCUUCGUGCCGCGGGCGGAGGGCGGCUGCAGCCGAGAAGCCCGUGUGCAGACCCUGGAGCCUGUCGCCUGGAUGCGGGAGGUGCAGAGCCAGGGACACGGCACCAGGAGUCGGGUGGUGCUGAGCCCGCUGGAGCAGCUGGAGGAGCUGCUCUCCCUAGCACUGCGCACGGAUGAAGGCAUCACACACGAGCGCUGGGGGCACUUCUCCCCCCAGCUCAGCCUGCAGGCUGUGUUCGGGCAGCCGGGGGAGGCUCGGGCACUGCAGCAGGAGGGCUGGCUCGUCCUGGACAGCGGGGGCCUGCGGUGCACCUGGGCCGGCCUGGCCGUGCUGGACUCGCUGCUGCCCGACCUGCUCUGGCAGCUGCAGCGGGCGCUGGGCGCUCCGGCGGAGCGGAGGAGGGACUCCGGCAAAGGAACGAGCUGUGAGCGGCCGUAACGGAUAAUAAUGGAUAAUAAACUGAAACAGAGCUUUUUUUGGAGUUCACUUAAGUUAACAAAAUAAAUUGAGCAUUUAUAUUCUA